CCACGCGACGAACUUCAAUGUAAAUAGAAACAUCGGUACUUCAAAACCGCGUACGCAUAUCUUCGCUAAAUUCGUACAAAAAUCGCAUCAAAAUGUUAACAAAUCGGGUUUUUAUGAAGAAAACCAGAAAAGGUGGGAUAAUCAAAGUUGUUCGCGAGCACUACCUGCGGGAUGAUAUCGCCUGUGGGAUCGCUUCGUGCGGUUUGUGCGGUCUGCUAACCGAAUCGAGAACGACUUUGGACCGGAAGCCGGAAUUUUGCAGCACCGUUUUCCCUGGACCGCACUACCUGAUGCUGGAUACGAAUAUAAUUUUGUAUCAAAUUGAUUUUCUGGAGUCGGAGGCCAUCCGGAAUGUGAUCGUGCUAAGCACGGUACUGGACGAGGUGCGCCACCGGAGUCCGGCGAUUUUCAAACGGCUGCGCAAGAUUGUGGGUGAUCCGGGAAGACGGUUCUUUACGUUUGUGAAUGAGCACCACCGGGAUACGUAUUUGGGCAAGGGGGUUGGAGAGUCGGCCAACGAUCGGAACGACAGGAUGAUUCGGAGGGCAGCCGUUUGGUACGGGAAGCACAUCCGGCAGGAGGAUUCAAAGAAUAAGGUGAGAGUGGUUGUGUUGACGGAUGAUGCGGAGAACAGGCGGAAAGCGAAAGAGGAUGGGCUACUCGUUUCGUCGGUGGCGGAUUAUGUGGCAUCGCUGAGUGCGCAUCCGGAACUGAGGGAUAAAGUGUUCAACACCGAAAAAUGGCAGGAUCAAUCGAAGAUUAUAUUUCCUUCGCAUCUGACGACCACGCAGAUUCACGAGGGCAUUAAGAAAGGAGAGUUGUUGCAGGGUAGUUUCUUCGCAUCGAGAGAUAAUUUUCUCGAGGGAAAUGUGCGAGUGGAAAGCAUCGAAGAACCAGUUUUGAUUCAGGGCAGGUUGAAUCUAAAUCGAGCCGUCGAUGGGGACGUGGUGGCUGUUAAAUUGCUGCCGAAAAGCGAAUGGAAAUGUCCGAGUGGUGUGGUUCUGGUGGAUGAGCAAGCGGUUGAUAACGAAGCGGUGGAAACUGCGGAUCCCGAGUUUGAACAGAAGGAGGACACAGAAAGGGUCCCAACUGCAGCAGUUGUUGGCAUCAUUAAGCGAAAGUGGCGUCAGUAUUGCGGCAUAUUGGCCGCCAAUCCGAUGGCAUCGUCGACUCGGCAUUUGUUCAUAGCAUCUGAUCGAAAUAUUCCUCGGAUCCGAGUUGAGACUCGCCAAUCGGCACAACUGAUCACGCAGAAGAUUGUGGUGGCAAUUGACUACUGGCCCAGACAUUCAAAGUACCCUAUUGGUCACUUUGUGAGAGCGCUAGGUGGAAUCGGAGAGAAGGACACGGAGAAUGAGGUAAUUUUGUUGGAGCAUGAUGUCCCUCAUGGAAGUUUCUCGGCCGAAAUACAGGCUCAGUUGCCCAAGCUUCCAUGGAGCGUCGAUCCGGAUGAGUACAAAAAACGAGUCGAUUUGAGGGACAUUACAAUCUGUUCGGUGGACCCUCCCGGUUGCACGGAUAUUGACGAUGCUUUGCACGCACGAAGACUUGACAAUGGAAACAUCGAGGUUGGGGUGCACAUCGCCGAUGUGACGCAUUUCAUCAAGCCUGGAACUCCAUUAGAUAAGGAAGCUGGUUCGAGGGCAACGACAGUCUAUUUAGUGGACAAACGUAUCGACAUGGUACCGGAUGUGCUCAGUUCUAAUCUUUGCUCGCUUCGUGGAGGUGAAGAACGUCUGGCCUUCUCUUGUAUCUGGGAAUUGGAUGACGGUGCAAAUAUAAUCCAUACCAAAUUCCAUAAGUCCGUUAUAAAAUCGAAAGCAGCUUUGACUUAUCAGGAAGCGCAGUUGAUAAUUGAUGACCCAACGCAGACGAAUCAGACCGCCAAAUCGCUAAGGCUUCUGAACAAGUUAGCCAAAAUUCUCAAAAAACGUCGUAUCGACAACGGAGCAUUGGUUCUGGCCUCUCCGGAAAUCCGAUUCAACAUCGACAGUGAAACGCACGACCCCAUCGAUGUCGUGGCCAAAAAGCUCCUGGACACCAACUCCAUGGUCGAAGAGUUCAUGUUGCUCGCCAACGUUUCCGUGGCGGCUAAAAUCGAACGAGAAUUUCCCGAAUGUGCUAUGCUGCGUCGACAUCCUUGUCCACCGGAUACCAAUUUCGAUCCACUUAAAAAGGCAGCAGCUUACCAAGGGUUCGAAAUCGACACCUCGAGCGGAAAAAAAUUGGCCACUAGUCUGGACCUUGCCGUCAAGAAGGACAAUCCCUAUUUCAACACUUUGCUCCGAAUCCUGGCGACGCGAUGCAUGAUGCAAGCCGUCUAUUUCAUCAGCGGAACCAUUCAACAGCAAGAAUACUUCCAUUACGGUCUCGCCUCGCCCAUCUACACCCACUUCACCUCCCCAAUCCGACGUUACGCCGAUGUGAUCGUUCAUCGUUUGCUUGCUGCUUGCAUUGGAGCCGAUGCCACCUACCCGGCUCUUCUGGACAAACAAGCCAGCUCCCAACUUUGCAACAAUCUGAACUACCGCAACCGGAUGGCCCAGUAUGCAGGUCGCGCCUCGGUAGCCCUCCACACCCAUCUGUUCUUCCGCGAUCGCACCGAGGACGAGGAGGGCUACAUUCUAUUCGUCAAGAAAAACGCCAUCCAGGUGAUCAUUCCCAAGUACGGCCUGGAGGGUACCAUCUACGUAGCUGGGAAGAACAACGAGAAGCUUAAAAAUGACGGACCGACCUUUGUGUACAACGAGGAAACGCAAACACAGUCCUGCGGCGAGGUGGAAUUCCAUGCGUUCGACCCGAUCGUGGUUCGGUUGAGUUUGGACUCGACUAACGUGCAGCACCAGCGGUUGGUGUUCGAGCUCGUCACGCCACACAUCGAGGGAUUCAGCGUGGCCCCAUUGGAGGCGACAAGCGGCGUUACGAAGCGAAAGGGCGAUUCGGUGAACGACGGCGCCGAGAAGGUGUCCAAAAAGAGCAAGAAAGGAAAAAAAUAAAAGUUUAAAAGCAAGGAGUCUUGACGAUAAUUCCGUUGGAUUUUUAGGGCAUAAGAAUGCAAACAGAAUGAAUAAAAUUAAAAAUUUACUCAAAUUUUAA